AUGAAGGAACGGCCCUGCACACGCUGUAUAAAGCGAAACAUCGGGCACCUGUGUCAUGACGAGCCGAGGGAAACUGCGAAACGAGGACGUGGCGAACACGAACAUUCUGCUGCAGACGACGAGGGCUCGUCUAACAAUGAACUGGGCUCCGUUCAAGGCAUGCCUAGGAGUGUCGACGUCGCCGAUGCUGCUGGUCAGCAACCAUUCCCUGAUACCACGAUCGGAAUUGCACCCUCAGCUGUGAAUCCGCCUUCAACGGUGCCGCCUGGGAAUCUUUCUGCGUCUAGUCAGGGCCUCGAGGCUAACUCUCAGCUCAUGCAAUACAACGACUGGGUAGGUGGUCAGAAUCAGUUCCAGGACAUGCAUUCUCUCCACCCGUCGUACAUGUUUAAUGCACAUGAGGUGACCAACGAGUACAACCUGCUCGGAGAUUUCCUCAGUAACAGUCUCUUGGACGACGGGGCAAUGUUCCAAAACCAAGAUAUGCAAGGAAUCUACACCGAUUCAUCAGUGAUGAACUCGAUGAAUGGUAUGGCGCUACCGAAUGGGUUGCCUCCUCCGGCACAACUUCCGCCGCCGGCACAAAGCCAAGUACCGCCAGGAGACUCGAUUCAACCACCAACCUCGACAGUGGGCAAUGACAAAGCCCGGGAAACAUACUACAUGACCGCUGCCGACCCGGCAGGAACUGACCCACCAGAGGAGCGGAUGAACAAGCUUCUCAAAGCGAAAUAUGACGCCGGAUUACUGAAACCGUUCAACUACGUCAAGGGAUAUGCACGGUUGAACCAGUACAUGGAAAAGAACAUGCAACAAAUAUCUCGGCAAAAGAUUCUGCGGCAGCUCGACAAGUUCCGGCCCAAGUUCCGAGAACGCAUGCAGAGCCUGACUGAUAUCGAAUUGAUUCUGGUGGAGAUGUGGUUCGAGCGGAGUCUUAUGGAGUACGACCGCGUCUUUGCCAGUAUGGCUAUCCCGGCCUGCUGCUGGCGUCGAACGGGCGAGAUCUUCCGAGGGAACAAUGAGAUGGCACAGCUGAUUGACGUCCCGGUUGAGGGUCUGCGAGAUGGCAAACUUGCUAUCCACGAGAUCAUCGUCGAAGAUCAGCUGGUCAGUUAUUGGGAAAAGUUCGGCGCUAUCGCCUUCGACAAUACCCAAAAGGCCAUGCUCACCAGUUGCACAUUGAAGAGCCCUAACCCCAACUCAACGAGUGAUGGUAUUAAUUGCUGCUUUUCGUUUACGAUCAGACGAGACAAUCACAACAUCCCGUCUCUCAUCGUUGGGAACUUCCUCCCAAUCAAUAAAUAG